UAUGGAGUCUUGCUUUGAUCGAGAUAUUAACAGAAACUGGUUUUGUUUUUUGUUUUUUCCGACAGAAAGUUGUGUUGAAAUUGGAUUUUCACGACAACAAAUGCAAACAGAAAGCCAUGAAGAUAGCCUCUGGUGUUUCGGGGGUUGAAUCAGUUGCCAUGGACAAGGAUCAAAAGCUAACGUUGACGGGGGACAUUGAUCCGGUGGAGGCAGUGAGGAAACUGAGGAAGUUAUGUCACACCGACAUAGUCUCCGUUGGGCCGGAGAAAAAUCUGGAGAAGAAGGAGGAUCCUAAGAAAAACCAGCAGAAAGAGGUUAUAAUGACCUACCCCUACCCGCCGUUCGCCCAAUGCUACCCUCCGGUGCCCUACUGUUACGCUUACGGUAAAAGCAUUGGGGAAGAUCCAGCUGGUGGUUGCGUUAUCUGCUAAAAUUUUGCUCAUAAUAGUUGUUGGAGUACAAUCAAUGAAGAAGAUGAUGAACGACUAGCUCUGUAUUAGGGUUUUUUUCUUUCUUUC